AUGGAUAAAAAUAUUACGCCGACUAUAGUAUUUCAUCCAAUUAUUUCUUCAAUACAAAAAAUUGCUCUUUAUGAGACAAAGUCUAGAUUUUAUUUAAUGGGGUCAAAUAAUACUUUGACACGUUUUCGAGUUUUAAAAAUAGACCGUAUGGAACCGAAAGAAUUAGUUGUCGUAGAUGAUAAAAGGGAAUAUACUCAAGAUGAAAUAAAAGAUCUUGUUAAUAUGAUAGACAUAGGCAAUCGUACUCGUGCUGGACAACGAAAUAAUAUUGGUGGUGUUGCUAGAAUUGUCUCAGCUUUUGGAAUUGUUGGCAACAUUCAUAAAGAAUCUACAUCUGACAAUGGUGUAUCAGAAGAAUCUGAACACCAAGACUAUCAAAAACCAUUGCACAAACCAACUCAAACUAAAUUCACCUGGAAAACAAUGUGGCAGAGAGAUACUUUUCCCCGACAUGUACCAGCUUUUGGUCUCCUUGGUUUCGUAUGUUUUUUGGAAGGAUACUAUAUAAUUCUGGUUACCAAACGACGAAGGGUAGCUGUAAUUGGUCACCAUACAAUAUAUAAGAUAGAAGAUACUUCAAUGAUCUAUAUACCAAAUGACACUAUUCGUGUCUUUCAUCCAGAUGAACAAAGAUACGUAAAGAUGUUUCAAAGCAUAGAUCUGAGUAGUAACUUCUAUUUUAGUUAUUCUUAUGACUUAACACAUACUUUACAAAAUAAUAUGACUCCACCAAAACACAUUAAACUUGAUAUUUUCAAUACAAAUGACAAAGAUUCAAGUCAAACGCAGAAUGAUGAUACUGAGGAUGCAGAAGCCUUUUUUAAUAUGUGGACAUUUAAAAAAAAUUAUCAAAACAAUAGCAACAUAGAAAAAUAUGUCGAUUAUGGUGUACGAAGUAAUCCACAUCGCCGAUUUGUGUGGAAUUCACAUUUAUUAAGACCAGUAGAAAAAAACUUGCAUCGUGACUGGAUUUUAUAUAUUACACAUGGCUUUAUUGGUCAAUCAAAUGUUAGUAUUUUUGGAAGAUCUAUGUAUGUAACUAUUAUAGCUAGAAGAAGUAACAAGUAUGCAGGUACCAGAUUUUUGAAACGUGGAGCAAAUUUUGAUGGAGAUGUUGCAAAUGAAGUAGAAACAGAACAAAUUGUACAUGAUUCUGGAGUGAGUUCUUUAAGUAAGGGUCGUUUUAGUUCUUUUGUUCAAAUGCGUGGGUCAGUUCCUGGACACUGGAGUCAAGAUGUUAGUAAAAUGGUUCCUAAACCUACAAUCACUUGUGAUUUGGCUGAUCCUUAUGUAGAAACAGCAGGUGCACAUUUUAAUCAACUUCUAAGAAGAUAUGGUUCCCCAGUUAUAAUUCUCAAUCUUGUUAAGAAACGUGAAAAAAAGAAACAUGAAAGUACAUUAAGUGAAGAAUUAUGCAUGGCUGUUAAAUAUUUAAAUCAAUUUUUAUCUCCAGAACAUCAUAUUCAGUAUAUAAGUUUUGAUAUGGCACGAAUGAACAAAAGGAAAACGUCUAAUGUUAUGGCACGUUUGGCGAAUAUAGCACAUAAUGCAGUUUUGAAAACUGGUAUUUUUCAAUCACAAAAUCCAUAUUACAGUCAAAGGAACUUAUUUUCUCCACAAGCCAAUAAUAUUAAAAAAUUUCACAAAAUGAAUUCAAAUACAAAUUGUUCAGUUAAUGCAUAUAGUGUACAAAAUUAUACAAAUUUUACAACUAUAGAUGGUAAUAAUUUAUUUGUCACCUGUAAUACUGAUUCUAAAAUUAUCAAAGAAAAUAAGCAUGAUGAAUUAAAUUACAUAGAAAUUAAAGUAAGACAAUGUUUCAAUAAAAUGUGUACAUUGCAAACUGGUAUUAUUAGAACAAAUUGCGUUGAUUGUCUGGACCGUACAAAUACAGCGCAAUUUGCGAUAGGAAAAUGUGCUUUGGGAUUUCAAUUAUGUGCUUUAGGGGUAUUAGAAUCGCCUAAAUUGGAAUUUGAUUCGGAUUGUGUAAGAAUGUUAGAAGAAUUAUAUGAGGAUCAUGGUGAUACAUUAGCAUUACAAUAUGGUGGUUCUCAAUUGGUGCAUAGAAUAAAAACUUAUAGAAAAACUGCACCAUGGACUAGCCAGGGUAACGAUAUUAUGCAAACUCUCAGUAGAUAUUAUAGUAACACUUUUAGUGAUCAAGAAAAGCAACAUACAAUUAAUUUAUUCUUGGGUUUAUUUAUACCUGAAGAGGGAAAACCCCCAAUUUGGGAGCUUCUAACAGAUUAUUACCUUCAUCAUAAACCUGCUUGUCGUUAUACUCGCAGAACAAAGCUUUUAACGCAGUGGUGGGAUACUGCCGUAUUAAAGUGUCUUCCAUAUGCCUUACAUGAAAUAACAAAAACAUGUUCAGAAAUAAUACAAGUUCAGAACUCAAUGGAAGAGAUGAUUGAUGUUUAUUACGAUUACCAUAGACCGUCCGAACUGUCCUUACUUUCUGAAGUUUACGCAUAUAAAAUUAGUCAUUCUGUUAGAGAUUUUAUGCCGCAUUUUACAACCAGUUAUAGUCCAUUUGCAGUACGAGUACGACCAGGUAGAAGAAGGGAAGAGACUGGUAAUAAAAAUCUAAAUAUGAAGAAUCCUUCAAUGACUGGACAAAGUAGUACCAGUAGUACAACAUCAAGUGCAAGUUCUAGUGAUGAUUCAAGUUCAGAUGAAGAUGAAAAUCAUCAACAUAUUAAUGAUUCUCAAUUUAUAAAUUUGAAAGAAAGUUCAGAAUUUACAUCUUUUGAAUCAUUAUUUCCAUCCAUGAAAGAAGUGUAUGGUGUUCAACCAAAAUAUCCAGAAAGAAAUGAUGUCAUAUUGUAUAAAAGAUUUGCUUUGAUUGGACGCACUGCAAUACAUCCCACAGAUUAUAUGAAACUGCGUUUGAAAUUAACUCAACAAGUAUCAUUUCCUGAGGUAGCAACUACCGUGAUUCAACUACCCACAGUAAAGGAGUCUAGUAUAAGUAUAUACGAGCAAUAUGUUAAAAGAGCUGUGGUAGGUGGUUCCAUGCCAAGUUCUAAUGAUAUUGAUUUGUAUGAAAGUUAUACAGCACACAGUAAAGGAGUUUAAUAUAAGUAUAUAUGAGCAAUAUGUUAAAAGAGCUGUGGUAGGUGGUUCCAUGCCAAGUCAUGAUAUUGAUUUGUAUAAAAGUUACACAGCACAAUAGUUGUUGAGAAGAUAAAUAUAUCCAAACU